UAGAAGCACAUCAAGAAGUUUUACAGAAUAACAGCACUUAUGCUCGUAAACAAUUAGAAAAAUGUAAAAAAAAAUUAUCUGAGGUGCUAACUGAUGAAGAAAUCCAAGAUAUUUUUGGUAAAAAAGCAGAAAUUAAUGAGUUGGAAAUCCAAUUAAAUAAUUUCGACAACUUAUCUUUAAAUUAUUGUUAUCAAUUAUAUGAGAAAACGCAGUUGAUUGAUACAUAA